AUGCAUUGGAAGGGCCUACGUCUCGUGCCCGAUGGAAAGGACAGCAAGAGACAAAGCACCGUGGAAGGCCAGUCUCGACGCAGUGAACACCUGCCACGUCCUUCACCCCCCGCCACUGAACCCAGGUUGUCCGAGUCAAUUCCUCGCUCCCCGGGCCUGUCAAGCAGCCAUGUUCACCUGCCCGGUCUGCAGGUUCCCGACGGGGGCUCCAACGAGGGCGUCGCGCAGGCCGACUUUGCACCCUCCUCUGGGGACACCCCCAGCUUGCGUCGCAAUCGAUUCAGCUUUAUGAGACUGCGGCAUGCAUCCGACCCCCAACUCUCCAAGUCCUACGUCAAGGCGGGCAAGCAAGACGCGCCGCCCGUUCCCUCCUUGCCGCCUCCUAAAAUCAUCACCACCGCCCCCACAAGUCACGAACUCGAUCGACCCAUGAAACAGAGGUCGAAGCUCAACUUUCGACCCUCGUCGCGGAAGCAGUCCAUGGAGGAGAUGUCCCGGCAGCCGACGGAACCCCCAAAGCCACGCCGGAGGGGUCAGGGCUCAGCGGAUUCGCAAGCCACGGAUUCUGCGCUGGCGAUGUCCCAGAGUAUCACUGAGGAGCCCGGGCGGCUAUCAACCAAUUCACUCCGGGGGAAUCAACCGCACACCGAUUCCCAACGCUCGUCCGUGAUCGAUCCCCGAUUCUCCGAGUCAUCUCGCUCCGAUCAAAGUUAUGGGGAUCAGACGAUUACCCGGACCAGCUCUCCUCGCGACGGAGGGAGUGCCACCACAGCAAAACGAUUCCGCCUACCCCGAUUGAAACGAAACCGAAGCCCCCUCUUCCCGUUACCCCCGAAGUUCCCACAGGCUCAAGUGAUGGACAAUGCCCCGAAGUUCUCCCCGGCCGACACGCCAAAGUCCGAGGUCUCGGAUACCAUGGACCAGGUAUCACCGCUGCCUUCUCCAUCGCGAUCAACAGUGGGACUUGCAGCCACAAUAGCACCGCCGUUGUCUAGGAAUGACUCCACAAAUUCCGCCCGUUCGGUCCGAUCGAAUCCGUCAUUUAAGAACCGGGGACGUUCGUCAACCAUGGGAUCGCUGGCCGAGAAUCAGGAUGACCUAUCGGUGGCUCCACACAUGGCAUCCUCCGCACGCACGUCGACCUCGACUAGUGGUCGCAAAAGCUUUGGCGAUAUGUUCAAUAUCACGCAGAGGCUGCGACAGAACUCAUCUCCGCCGGAUCCUCGCCAUGGCUCCCCUGGGCUUAGUCGCUCCCUUACACCGGUUCAAAAGCCAGAUCUGCCACCCGUGCCCAAACGAAACGAGAACGAUACCCCUGCUUCGUAUUUGACGAGAUUAGAAGAAGCUUUGCCUCGUGGGAUGAUUGCGGGAGUUCUUGCUCAGUCGGAUGAGGAGUUCUACAAAAUUGGCCUGCGGAAAUACAUGCGAAGCUUCUCAUACUUCGGUGAUCCUUUAGAUAUGUCGAUUCGAAAACUCUUGAUGGAGGUCGAACUUCCAAAAGAAACUCAGCAGAUUGAUCGGUUCCUGCAAGCAUUUUCCGAUCGAUAUCACGAGUGCAAUCCGGGCAUUUUUGCAUCGCCAGACAAGGCAUACUUCAUUGCAUUCUCGAUUCUGAUUUUGCAUACCGAUGUGUUCAACAAAAAUAACAAGCGAAAGAUGCAAAAGCCCGAUUAUAUCAAAAACUGUCGGGGUGAGGGAAUCUCGGAAGACAUUCUGGAAUGCUUCUAUGAGAAUAUCUCGUACACUCCAUUUAUACACGUGGAAGAUGCUAACAUCCGCGACCGCCAUCUGGCAAAGCCACGCAGGGGGCUCUUCAAGAGCACCAGCACUGAAAAUCUAUCUCGGAUUGCUAGGGAGCCAGUGGACCCAUAUGCCCUUAUACUGGAAGGGAAGUUGGAAUCCUUGCGUCCAAGUUUGAAGGACGUCAUGGAUCUCGAUGAUACCUAUGAGCAUUUCGGUACAUCCGGACCGCCAGACAUGGAUACCCUUCACCAAGCUUUCACCAAGUCUGGUAUAUUACAGAUCAUCUCGCUACGCUCGCGGCCAGAUGCUUUCAUGCCUUCCAGCUUGGAUAACCCUCUUGACUCCAACCCAGGUCUUGUGGACAUCAAAGUUGCCAAGGUUGGCUUACUCUGGCGAAAGGACCCGAAGAAGAAGAGAGCGCGGUCCCCUUGGCAGGAAUGGGGUGCCAUCCUCACCUUCUCCCAAUUGUACUUUUUCCGCAACGUGAAUUGGGUACGCACUCUCAUGGCACAACAAGAGGCAUACAUCAAGAACGGCCGCCGCGGGACUCUUGUUUUCAAACCACCCUUGUCUGACUUCAAGCCGGAUGGAAUCAUGUCAACUGGAGAUGCAGUUGCGCUAUUGGAUACGGCUUACAAAAAGCACAAACACGCCUUCAUGUUCGUUCGACACAAUGCACUCGAGGAGACUUUCCUUGCCACCUCGGAAUCUGAUAUGAAUGACUGGCUUGCCCACCUCAAUUAUGCCGCAGCUUUCAGAACCACUGGUGUCCGUACCAAAGGUAUGAUCGCCACCAACUAUGAGGGAAAGCGGUAUCGGAAAAGCCAACGCAUGGGUUCCAUUUCUUCGCAAACCUCCCAACAAUCACAGUCAACGGAUAUCGAACCCCCAUCGCCGAGCAUUGAUACUGACGUUGUCGCCGAAUUCGUUGCCGCUCGGCAACAACUGAUGAGCCAAAAGAUUCGCGAGACCAAUGAGAAACUUUUCGUCUCGCAAAGGCAACUUGAGGAUUUACUCCAGAAUGCUCGACACCUCCAGGUUCUUACUCCGGUUCACGCUCGAGCUCGGGAGGGUGUCAUUCUGGCAGCCGGCCGACUGUCUGCCAAACUCAAGUGGGUCAGGCAGGAUAUUGGGCGCAACAAGUGCUACCGUCAAAUUCUGCUGCGAGACUUGGGUGAAGAUGAGGAGGCGGUGAAGAGCCGCGUGGGGUCUGUUGCUGAAUCUACAUCUCAAGCAGAUGCAGCACGCCUGGCGUCUCUUUCCGGGCCCUCUCUUGCAUCGGAGCCUACUGCAGAAAGAUCUGGCAGCAUUGUGCCCACUAUCGCUAGCAUUGACACCCCUGAGCCCAAUGUGGUUGUCAGCGAUGAAUCAUCCGAAGGUGGAUUGUUGGCAAAGCCUUCAAUUCCCGAGUCCCGUCGCCCCAGUAUCCCCGGGUCGGUUACUUCUUCUGACGUUUCCCGUAUUGGGCGCCGGCGCUCUGCAGUCACAAUUCCAGAGCGCGCCAAGUCCUACUCCCCUGAUCCGAAAACAAUCAAACUCGAACGAGAUGCCUCUGUUCUCAGUCGCAAUAGCAGGUGGGAUGGUGCUAGUAUUGCGUCUCGAACCUCGAAGUUGACUUCACCCGUCAGCUUUGACGACAACGAAGAACGAUUCUUGAGGGAGGCGGGUCUAUUGCAGCUCCCUGAGUCCCCAGGGCGCAGAGAUGAUGACGCAGUACUUGAGACGACGCCUGGGAACACCACCGAGGGGGAUGCAAUCCCAACUGAAAAAUCCGACAAGCCAAGUCGCGUCCGCCGCAGCCUUCAUAGGACCCUGCGUGACUCACAUGCUCAUAGGCAUCAUUCACAUUCGAAGAAGAAGCGGGGCUCGGUUUCCAGCAUUGGACAAGAGGAAGACGAUCAAGUUUCCGACGGGGGUGAUAUCCUCCCCCGCAAAGCGCCUAGUUUCACCGUGCACGGCAAGAAAGCAUCCAUUGUCACCUUCGGCUCCGAAUGGCAGAACAUGCCACCCGAAGAGCGCCUCAAACUUCGAAAGCCAACUCCACACGAGGAACCACGAGCAUCGGAUCCUACAUUGCUUGAUACCGACGAGAUAUUCGAAUUCGAGCCCAGCCACGAACGGCCCCAGUCGUUACGUAGCACCAGCACCACCACUGGCCUCAGCACCCACACCAACGAUGUCGAUUUCAAGGAUGCUCGUGAGGUGCAGUCCGAAGAGGAUGAUGUCGGACGACCUGGUUCUCCAAUCAUCUUAGCCCCACCUUCAGACGCAGAGCCCUUGAAUACCCCAUACCCCCCUUCCACAACCAACGGGCACCUCCACGCACCAAGACCCGAGGGCGCCACCUCCUCCACCUCCCUAGGCGAGCGAAUCGUCGAUCACCCAUCUUCCGAAAACCUCCGCGAGCAGGCCGUGGGUGCCUAA